GCGGCAGACAGGGCGGGAGCAGGGGAUCAGUCAGGGCGCGGCCUGUGACUCGCCUGCCAAAAAGAUGCCCCCCUCACCGUGCAUUCGGUGCAGGGGAAGCCAGGGGGUGCAUGCCCUGGGGUCUCCUGUAGGUCGUUGUGUCCUGGCGAGAUGGGGGCAUCAUUGGAGCAUGGAUCCUUAGGAAGGGGGUAGGAGUUGGGCAGCAGCAGGAGGAGCACCAAUGCUUUCAGUGACCUGAGGAAGUCUGGAAAGUACUGACAGUGUUCCUGCUUCAGGUUUGCUUUACAGGAUUAGAAGCUCAAAGAUUGAGUGAAAGUGAGCUCAGGUGUGCCAAUGCCUCUUCUGAGCCCAGAGCUACAGGUUAGUUUCUCACUGCCUGAGGACAGAUGAAGAGAAAAUGGGAAGAAAAACUGAAGAAGAUUGAAGAACUAGAAUCUCAAUAUAAAAGAAACCCACUUUGCUCAGCUUAUAGGCCAAAGCUGUCCAAACCAUGGCAACCAUCCUCUGUUUGGAAAAUAUUUCCCCGACAAGCUCAAGCUUUUGACUAUGUAAAAACCUGCAAAGAGGAAGUGCAUGUAUUUGCAUUGGAAAAGAACACUGAAGACGGACAAAGGUUUUACCUUGUGACAACAUAUAUUGAGCUUUGGUUCUAUUAUAAAGGUCAGAAAUCAAGUCUGUUUCAUUGUUAUGAAGUAAUUUGUGAGAAAGCUGUUUGCAAACUUUAUUUUGAUUUGGAGUUCUAUAAACCAGUGAAUCCAGGUGCUGAUGGCAAAAUGAUGGUUGCACAGUUAAUUGAGCUUUUUUGUAAAAAUCUUGAAGAACGUUAUGGAGUUAAAUGUUCUGCUAAUGAUGUCUUGAACUUAGAUUCCAGCACUGAUGAAAAAUUCAGCCAUCAUUUAAUAUUUUUACUCCAUAAGACAGCAUUUAAGGAUAAUAUACAUGUUGGUAAUUUUGUGAGAAGAGUUUUGCAGCCUGCUCUUCGGUUAACUAAGACUAAAGCUGCUGCUGUGAUUCCAGAAGAGGAGAUAGGUCAUGUUUUCCAGUCUUCCAAAGCUACAGCUGAAUUAAAUGGUUCUCCUGUUAAUGCUGUAGCAGUAACGAAUGCUUCUGGGAGUUGGCAGUCUUGCAUGCGCAAAACGCUGGACACUGAGACUUCACAACAGAAGGAAAAAUCAGAAUUUUCCUUUCUGGUAGUAAAUGAUAAAGACGGAGGCAGCCAACUUUUUGUGGAUAUGGGAGUUUAUACAAAGAAUAGAAACUUUCGGCUGUAUAAAUCAUCAAAAUCAGGAAGACGCGUGAUUUUGGAAAUAGCAGAGGAUAACAAGUUUGUGCCUAAACUCAAAGAGAAUAUUUCUAUUGAAGAGCAGUAUUUCCUUUCCUCUUUGGUCUGCAACAUUAGGUCCUCAGACAUUGAAAAAAUUCUAACCUGUGACAACCCAGAUGGGAAGAGAGGCACGUCUAUGCACUUAAAUAGUAAUAUUUCUAGGUGCCCUUCAGUUUUAACAGAUCCCAUAGAAGGAUAUCAUUAUUCUCCCUAUCCUGAGGUUGACCGCUUUGUCCUUUCUUUAGUUAAUAAAGAUGGUGUUCAAGGAGGGAUACGACACUGGAAUUAUUUUUCCCUGGAAGAACUUCUUGUUUAUGACAUUUCCAGAUAUCGCUGGUGUGAAAACAUUGGAAGAGCUCACAAAAGCAACAACAUAAUGAUCCUGAUAGAUCUAAAAAGGGAAGUUUGGUAUCAAAAAUGUCAUGACCCUGUUUGCAGAGCGGAAAACUUCAAGUCAAAACGGUCUCCAUUACCACCUGAGAUAUGCCUCCCAUUUCUCUUCAAAGAGGAAGAAGAAUAUGUAUUUAUGGAUGAAAGUGGUAACAAAAAAGAAAAAGUGGAACUAUCUUCAAACCCUCCAGACUUCUCAGAGAGCAUACCACUAAGAAUAUUUCAAGACAACAGGAAGUCUUUUGGCAAACUGUGCUCAAAUACAGAAUGGGACAAUGCAAGUGAUGAUGCCUGUUUUCUGGAAGCUACUGAGGACAUCGAACUAGCUGAAGCUGCAGAUAAUGGUUUGACCACAUGCAACUACAACCUGGAAGAAAUACCUGAUGAACUCCUACUGGAGGCUGAGAAAACUGAAAACAUGCUAACCAGUAGCAACAAGCUUGGCUUAUCUACUAAGACAUCACAGUUGACCACAACUAUGUUCUAAUGCCAUAAGUCCUAUUUACAGUAACUACUUUUCUGCCUCUAAAAGUGUAUACUUAAACUUAUCAGCUGUACUUUCACAUAAGCAAUUUAGAUAAACAUUCAAGAACCAAGUGCAAGUGUGGCUUAAUAGGGAUGUAGCCUUCUUCCAUUGCUGCUUUUAUAUCUCACUUGGGUUGAGUGGCAGACCAAUCACACGGAGAUUCUGGGCCUACAUAUCAAGCAGGUAAUUUCAUUCCCUCAACAUAGCGUGGCACAGCACAAACUCAUCCCCCCUGCAGUUGUCAAAUACAAAGACCAAGACCAUAGCUGUGAAAACAAGACUACCAUCUUACUUCCCAAGAAGAGGGUGUCAUUGGACAGAGAAAGCACAGUGGAAUAUCCAUGCAGGCUUAUUUGUUCCCAGGAUAGGUUUAAGAUGGGGCAUGAAUUUAAAAUAAAACACAAAGUGGCAAGUAUAACAUCUAUAAAAGAAAAAAAAAAACACCAAAGAAAACUGGUGCAAGUAACAGUCUUACUGGGAUCUAGAGUGAGGUGACAUGUUAUAACGAAUGUUUAAAAGUUCUGGGGUUUAUUGUGUUUAUUCCCUUCAAGGAACAGGAAGAAUCACUAAUCAAAAGCUUAUCUAAAGCAAUGAAGAAUACCUUUCUCAGAUGACAAAAGCAAUUCUAUUAGAUUUAAGCAAUCAAACAAAAGGACACGUGCAAUGUUUUAAACUAUUUUUAUUCAUCAACAGGUGGUGGUGACAGAACUGUAUCAGAUCACUUGUGCCCUUUGCCAUCCAUCUCUUAGGAGGCAAUCUUGUCUACUUUACCUGGAAAUGGUCCUCAGCAAGUUUUAUUAUCAAGUCAACCUGUGUAUAUAAUGUCCAUUGAUAACCCUUUAGACCAAGGGUAGGCAAUUAUUUGGGCUGAAGUGGAAUUUAAGGAGUCUUGGUGAGUUGUUGUGGGCUGGGGAGGGAGGGAGGGAAAAGGAGUGCAACUGAUCUUAUCUGGCCCUGGGCCUAUGUACCCCACACCCACCAGAUGGAGCAGGUGCGGUCUCCAUAGAGACUGGCCUGGAACCCCCACAGGCAGGGGCCACUCAGCCUCACAGACAGGAUGGGGCCACGGACAGGUGGAGGUCAGUGUCCAGGAGCGGGGCAGAGCCAUGAUCUGCUUCCCUGCAUGUGCCUGUGACAGGCACCGGAUCCACAGGAAGGGACGUACAAGGAGCAGAUCACAGCUCUGCCCUGGGCCCUGGCCCUGUGCUGUCACUGCCCCACAGCCUUGGCCUCACCCACCUGUCCCACUCCUGGAUGCUGCUACCCACCUGCCUGUGGCCCCAUCCCAUCUGCCCAGGCUGGUCAUAAUAAAGUAUCCACCCUCUCUGUCCAGCACCCUGGUAAUGGCAGACAAGCAGCAGGGCUAGAUCUGGCAGCAGCUUGCCACUACACCCCCCCCACCACACGCCUGGGGGCAGUGAGACCAGCCACACAUGCCACAGCUUGGGCUGCUCCCUAUGGCUAGGCAGGGCCCAUGGACCUCCUGUGGGCCAGAUACAGCCCCUGGAAUGUAUUUUGCCCACCUCUGACUUACUCUUCAAGGAGUUACAGUACUAAUUUACUGGAAAGCAAGUUUCAUUCAUUGACUCAUCCUGAGAAAUUUGUGAUAAGGUUCAGUGUAGCUUAACUAUGUCAAAAUGCCUUGCUGGACCUGGUCCUGGCCAUGGGGGGUGACCUGGUGAGGGGGCUGCAGGUCCUUGACCACCUGGGCAACAGUGAUCAUCACCUGCUGGAUUUCAUUAUCCAACGC